UUAUUUAUAGGUAAAUUAAAUGACAAAAUAUUUAUUUCAAUUUUUAAUAACAUUUGUAUCAAAUAAUUUAUAUGAAAAACAUUUCCAUGUUUUUUUAUACAUUUAUUAUUCGAACCAUUUUAUGAUGAAUUAUUUCAUAAAAAUGAUAAACAAUGAUUAAAUUUAUUUAAUAAAAAAAUUUCAUUAAAUAAUGAAGAAUUUAAUUUAAAUUUUUUAUGAAAUAUUUAUUGAAUAUAUUCAACAUUCAUUAUUAUUAUUAAAAACAUUCAUUUAUAAAUUAUGUGUUUAUAUACAAAAACAAAUUGAUUAUAUUAUUAUAAAUUUUAUAAAUAUUAAUAAUAAAAUUUAUUGAUUAUUUAAAUAAUUUAAAAAUUACUAAUCAAGAAAAUUUUGAAAUAAAAAAAAUUGAAUUUUAUUAAAAUAUAUUUGUUCAAUGUCUUACAAAAGAUUUACAAAUAAUACUUCAAUUAUUUUAUAAUGAUGAAAAUGAAAUAUAAUUAGAAAAGAAUUAAUCGAUGAUUUAUGAUUAUGUUGUAUAAGAGAAAAUUAUUUAGAUGUUAUAUUAAUUAAAAAUAAACAAUAUGAGGAUAUUAUUCAUAUAUGAAUAUUAGCGACAAUUUGGAGUAGUACAUCAUAUUUAAAAUAUUUAAUGAAAUGUUUUAGUUAUUUUUUAAAUGAAAAUAAACAAUUAAUUAUUGAAUUCAUUUGGAAUAUUAUGCAAAUUGAUCAUACGUAGUUUUUCUUAGAAACAAAUAAUAAAAAUAAAUUGAUUUGUUUUUUUUUAGCUGAUAUUCUACUUUCUUAUUUAACAUAUGUAUCAAAUUCAAUGAUUGAAUCUACUAGUUUAAUAGCAUUAACUCCGAAUGAAUUUGACAUUCUUCUUAUUCUCAGUUGUAAACAAUCAAAAAGUGAUAAAAUUGAACAAUUAUGUUCAAUAUUUUUUCGUUUACUUCGUCAACAUGUACUUUCAAACAAGAAGAAAAAAUUUUUAAAUAAAACAUUGGAACAAAAUUUAAAUAUUUCAAUUGUUAAAAUUUUACAAAAUUUAAUAAUUCAUAUUGGAAAUUCGUUAGAAAAAUAUUUACAUUUAUGA